AACCACGAAAGCCUCCUGCCAGAAACAUUGGUUACGUCUGCAAGUUUUCUCUCUUUUGAGGCCAUAGAAUUCUAGGGUUUCGAUCUGUCGUCCUUCGUCAUCCAUUUUAUUCUGUAGAAGAUCGGACGAGCCUAUUGGGCGAUUGUUUUUCAAACGGGAUUCUGAUUUCUACCAAUACAGGCUAGACUGAAUGUUCUAAUGGAGUCCAAAGGUGGGAAAAAGAAGUCCAGUAGUAGUAAAUCUUUAUUCUACGAAGCUCCUCUUGGCUACAGCAUUGAAGACGUUCGACCAAACGGUGGAAUCAAGAAGUACAGAUCGGCUGCUUACUCCAACUGCGCUCGCAAACCAUCCUGAUAUUCCUUAAGUUGUGGAUCUGACCAUUUGAUGUGGUCUUUUGUUUUCUUGUUUUAAGUAUUUUGUUGUCGCUUAGUUCAACUCCUUUUCUUCUUCAAUCAACCUCAACUCUUGCUGUCUCUCUUAGCGGUUCUAUAAUUUUCAUUCUGUCAAUAUGGCAUUGGCUGUCUCUGCAAUUGGUUUUGAAGGUUACGAAAAGAGGCUAGAGAUAACAUUUUUUGAGCCAGGCAUAUUUUCUGAUCCCGCAGGGAAGGGUCUUCGAUCUCUGUCCAAAGCCCAGUUGGAUGAGAUUCUGAAUCCAGCUGAGUGCACAAUAGUUGCAUCUCUGUCAAAUGACCAUGUCGAUUCUUAUGUUCUAUCUGAGUCUAGCCUCUUUGUUUACCCUUACAAGAUCAUUAUCAAAACCUGUGGGACAACCAAAUUGCUCAAGUCUAUUCCACCAAUUCUGAAAUUGGCCAACACCCUUUCCCUUGCUGUAAAAUCUGUGAGGUACACUCGUGGGAGCUUCAACUUCCCUGGAGCUCAGUCAUACCCUCAUCGUAGCUUUUUGGAAGAAAUUGCUGUCCUUGAUAGCUAUUUUGGGGAGCUCGGUUCAGGUGCAAAGGCUUUUGUGAUGGGCAGCUAUGAUGGACAACAGAAAUGGCAUGUGUAUUCUGCUUCUGCUGAGUCGAUGGGAUCUGGUUUUCCUGUUUACACAUUGGAGAUGUGCAUGAAUGGUCUGGACAAAGAGAGGUCGUCUGUUUUUUACAAAACAAAGUCGAGCUCUGCUGCUGUGAUGACUAAUGAUUCUGGCAUAAGAAAGAUUCUUCCAGAUUCUGCAAUAUGUGACUUUGAGUUUGAUCCAUGUGGGUACUCCAUGAACUCUAUUGAAGGAGCUGCAAUUUCCACCAUUCAUGUCACCCCUGAAGAUGGUUUCAGUUAUGCAAGCUUUGAAUCAGUGGGGUAUGAUCCUAAGGAUAUGGAUAUGAACGAGAUGGUUGAGAGGGUGUUGGCCUGUUUUGAACCAGACGAGUUCUCCGUUGCCGUCCAUGCUGAUGUUGCUGGUAAGUUACUGGAGCAGAAGUGUUCUGUGGUUGCAGGGGGCUACUGUUGCAGGGAGAUGAACAUUGAAGAUCUUGAAAUGGGAGGUUCUGUCAUCUACCAGAAGUUUGCCAAGACCACAGGAUGUGUGCCGCGUGGCUCUCCUAGAUCAAUUCUGAAAUGCUGCUGGAAAGAGGAAGAAGAAGAAAAGGAGUAAAGUGUCUUGUGUCAUGAUAAUUCGGUUUCUAUCAAAAUAAAAUUGAAUAAACACAUCGGAUAUAAAUCUGAUGUUAGUAGUUGGUUUUAGUCUUCUGAAGAUUUCAACAUCUUUCUGGAGCGGUGUCUAAUAAGUAUCGAUGUGUGUGUUUUUUUUCUCCCCCUUUGAGUCCUAAGCUAUGAACCUUGUAAUGGUGAUUUCUGGGUCAGGACCAGAAUGUUAAGUAUGAUUAUGUUUGCUUAAUAUUAUGUUGUGGUUUUAUACUUCA